CACCCCGCCCACUGCUCCGGCUGCGGCACUAGUGCGCCUGCGCUGGCCCUAGAAGCGGAGCAGCCAUGAUGGAAGGCCUGGACGACGGCCCCGACUUCCUCUCGGAGGAAGACCGUGGACUUAAAGCAAUAAAUGUAGAUCUUCAAAGUGAUGCUGCUCUGCAGGUGGACAUUUCUGAUGCUCUUAGUGAGCGGGAUAAAGUAAAAUUCACUGUCCAUACAAAGAGUUCAUUGCCCAAUUUUAAACAAAAUGAGUUUUCUGUUGUUCGACAACAUGAGGAAUUUAUCUGGCUUCAUGAUUCCUUCGUUGAAAAUGAAGACUAUGCAGGUUAUAUCAUCCCUCCAGCACCACCAAGGCCUGAUUUUGAUGCUUCAAGAGAAAAGCUGCAGAAGCUUGGAGAAGGGGAAGGGUCAAUGACAAAGGAAGAAUUCACAAAGAUGAAACAGGAACUGGAAGCUGAAUAUUUGGCAAUAUUCAAGAAGACAGUGGCAAUGCAUGAAGUGUUCCUGUGUCGUGUGGCAGCUCAUCCUAUUUUGAGGAAAGAUUUAAAUUUCCAUGUCUUCUUGGAGUAUAAUCAAGAUUUGAGUGUUCGAGGAAAAAAUAAAAAAGAGAAACUUGAAGAUUUCUUUAAAAACAUGGUCAAAUCAGCAGAUGGAGUCAUUGUUUCAGGUGUAAAGGAUGUAGAUGAUUUCUUUGAGCAUGAACGAACAUUCCUUCUAGAAUAUCAUAACCGGGUUAAGGAUGCAUCUGCUAAAUCUGAUAGGAUGACAAGAUCUCACAAAAGUGCUGCAGAUGAUUACAAUAGAAUUGGUUCUUCGUUAUAUGCUUUAGGAACUCAGGAUUCUACUGAUAUAUGCAAGUUUUUCCUCAAAGUUUCAGAACUGUUUGAUAAAACAAGAAAAAUAGAAGCACGAGUAUCUGCCGAUGAAGACCUCAAACUUUCUGACCUUUUAAAAUAUUACUUAAGAGAAUCUCAAGCAGCUAAGGAUCUCCUCUACCGAAGAUCUCGAUCAUUAGUGGAUUAUGAAAAUGCUAAUAAAGCACUGGAUAAAGCAAGGGCAAAAAAUAAAGACGUUCUGCAGGCUGAAACUUCCCAACAACUGUGUUGUCAGAAGUUUGAAAAAAUAUCUGAAUCUGCAAAACAAGAACUUAUAGACUUUAAGACAAGAAGAGUUGCUGCAUUCAGAAAAAAUUUAGUGGAACUUGCAGAAUUAGAACUGAAGCAUGCCAAGGGUAACCUCCAGCUGCUGCAGAACUGCCUGGCAGUGUUGAAUGGAGACACAUAAGCCACAUUCAGUUCCUGUUAAAAAGGGCUGCCUUCCUUCAGAUCUUACUUUUGUUUUCCUAAUGACAUUACAUAUUUCUGCUCACCAGAAGCAAAGCUGACAAAGUGCAUCUCCUCCUCCUCCUCCGAGAAGCAGCGGGCAGCACCGUGCACAGGCAGUGCGGUCUGUGCCAUGCGCUGUGUCCCUGGACAGUGUCCAUCACAUGCACCAUCCUACUCUGAAGCCCAGAGUCCAGUCUUUUUUUAAGUAGCCUUGAUAACUGAGUUUAUUUUAUAAAUAGUAUUCUUUAUGGCUGCCAAUCUUAUUUACCUUUAAAUCAUUUCUGAUGUUUAACCUUUUCAAAUUACAUUAUUCAAACAAGGUAAAAAUGGCCUUUCUUGAUUUUUUUAAGAUUUUAUUUUUAAAAAGGAUUGCAUUGUAUACUUAGUUCAUUCAUGUAUCCUUGUAAAGCAUCAUAAUGAGACUUAAUUUUAAUUAAUCAUCAUAAAAGUUUUGGACCAGACUUUCUGUAAUCUAAGUUUGAUUUCUGAAGAAAAGCAAAUGCAUUAAUUAGUAUGUUUGCCUUAAACUUGUACACUAAACCAAUUAUUGUAAAAUAACCAGCGAUAACAAUGAUAAACUCUGAGAUCAUGUAUCACUCUAAAAUUUGGAGUAGCAAUAAUAAAUCUACUCCAGUAUUAUGCUUUACAGUGCAGAUUUUAGUUUCUUUCUUUUUUUUUUUCUUGUUUCUCUUAAAAUUAUACAUUUAUCUGGCUGUGGCAGCAAAUGCUAUAAUCACAGAACUUGGAAGGCUGAGGCAGGAGGAUCACCCCAAGUUUGAGGCCAGUCUACACUAUGUAACAAGACCCUGUUUCCAAAACAAAAACAAAGACCAUACUGAAUCAGUUAGCAGUCUCUUUAGAAUAGAACAGACUGUUCCUCUAUACACUGUAGAAGGUGGAAUGGCACAGAGGCAGGUGACAGCUGCUUGGGAAAUACUGGAGCAGUGUAGUCUCUACAGUGUAUAGUUUGCUGGCCUCCAUCCCUAGCCAGCCACAGAAUCAUGAGACACGUGCUGUUCAGCCACUGGGUGGCUCUCAUGCUACCAUAUCAAGAGAGAUCUGCUGCUAGGAAGAGCUCUCACCUGUGGGAAAAGUAGAACGUUUGCGAUAAAAGCUGGUGUGUAGGUAGGAUAGUGCUCGCAAGUUGCCACUGAUAGCCCUUUAUUCAAGAAGAAUCAGCCAGGUGGUCCUCCACAGCCAGUAGUUUUAUUACAGAUAUUAUUGGCCUUUCGAAUGCGAAUGAACCUUAAUGUCAUUCCCAGUUCAGAGUUAGACUGAGCGGUUAGAGUUUUCCACCACUUAUUUCUAACUUUUGUCCUGUUUGGAAACUGCAGUCAUUUGGGUUGGUGACGCCUGAAUGGGUUUCUAGUUUACAUUAUCCCAGACUGUCCUCAAGAUUGCCUGGCUUGUCUUCCUGCCCUCCCGUGACUCCUGCCUUUCUCAGCAUAUUCUCCCACUCACACACCUGCUGGUUAAUGUCUGUCUAAUGAUGUGCCCUCCUGAUGCUGUGGGAGCCACUGAUCUUUUCCUUGUGGCCCAGGGGUCUGUGUAGUGUCUUUGAUGUAGCCAGCAUCGGUGAGGACUUGAUGAGCUGUGCCUGCCUGUGUGUGCUGGCCCAGCAGAGCCCCUCGUCUGUGCUCAGGUCCCACCCUUCCCCAGCUGCUCUGUGCCUCCAGCAGGCCUGGGUAGGUUUGCUUGACUUCUGCCUCAGUUUUGUCUCCUAAAGGACCUUGACCUACCUCACAGGGGUGUUGUGAGGAUUAAUAAACGUUGGUACUGUGCUUUGGAAA